GACGAACCAAUCAGUCGUUCUUCAAUUGCGAGCGCGUGCAAACGUUCGGUAUAAAGUUAAAUUUCCGUGAUAGAAAAAUUUUAUGCGGUUGCCGAAAAAUGUUGUGUGUGUAAUGUAUGCAUAUGCGUAUGACGAAAGUGAACAUUUUUAAUUUAAGUUGAUUUAUGAAAAAUUUAUUAUGUACAAUAAAUUUACGUUUUAAUUUCAAGUUAACGGCAGUGGUGGUGUGUGAAAAAUAAAAACAAAAAAAAAAAUUAAAAUAAUAAUAACUGGAAAAAUAGUUGUGUGUGUUGAUGGCCAUAGUUUGUAAAUUAUAUAUGUAGCUGAAGAAAGAGAGCAAAAAAUUAAAUAAAUAAAAUAAGUUGAAACGAUAAAUUUUAAUGUGCCGGAAAAUCACAAAUCCAAAUUACAAAUUUUUGUACAAUAGUUGGUUAUACUGAUUUUGUGGGGAAAUUGAAUAUUGAAAUACAGAAUAAUGUGUUAAAGAUCAAAAUAAUUUCAAAUAUAUCACAGUUAAGUUAGAACUUUAUCAAGAUUGAAAAAAAAAUUAUACAAAAAUAUCCAAAUAAAUAAAAAAGAAUAAAACAGUUACGCAAUAACUCAAAAUUUUUUUGUUAUUUUUUAAAUAAAAAAAUAGAAUUUACAGCAUUUUAAAAUAUCAACAAUUGCUUGGAAAUAAAUUAAUAAUUGUGAACAAAAUAAUUAUUUCAGAUAUUUAACACCUCCAAAGCUAAAUUAUUUUAAUAAAAAUAUACAAAAUCAAAACAAUAAAAAAAAUUCAAGUUAUAAGCAUUUAAAAAAGGUUUAACUGCAUUGAAAUAAUUGAAAUUACUCGUUUGAGUGUGUCAUGGUAAUUGAAGUGUGAACUGAUGUAAUCUGAGUGUUGGCAGCAAAGUGUGAAACAAGAAUUUAAGUAAAUAUUUUUGCAGAAAGAAAUAGGAGAUAUUUAAAAUCAGAAAUAUAAAUUGCAACAGUAAAAUUUUGAAAAGUUAAAAUUCCAAAACUGCUGAGAAAAAUACAAAAAUAAUUACAAAACCUAAAACCUAGUAAAAAAUAAGAACCAAUAAGUGAUCAUCUAAUAACUGCAUUAACCGUUUGCAACAAAUGUUUCGGUAUUCGUCACCGUUGUAAGGCACACGAGGGCGAAUUGAAUGGCAGUGAGUCAGUUUGAAAUGACACGCUCAGUUGUCACUCUCGUUAAAUGAUAUCAACACUGAAAUAAAGCUUCUCAGAUUUGCUGUGUUCUGCCAAAUGCCACAGCGUCUACCAAAGUACAACGAAUCUACAACAACAACCACAAAUAUAUGCGUGAAACAUAACAACUGCAAAUCAUAGUGCGAAAUAAAUCUACAAAUGUGUUUAUGAAUAUAUAAAUGAAAAUAAUUGUUUCCAUGUGCAAAUGAAAUAAAUCCACAAAUGAGUGCAAAAUUAUUUUUCAAUUGCCAAGCAGAAUAACAUAAAAAUAUAUUGCUUAUUGCCGACACGCUUACUUUAAUUUAUUUAUUAACAAAUAUUAAGAAUAGUCGAAAAGAGCGAAAGAGAGAGUGAAAAAAAAAUAGGAAUUGCGCAAAAAUUUCGGCGCACAAAGGCAAACAAACCGCGUGCGAGCAAACAAAACGCUGGCAAAGUAAUCAAACAAAAAUCAACAAACCCAAACAAUAAAUGAAUUUGUGCGCCUAGUGCAAGAGAGGCAAACUCGCGUUGCGAAGAGCGUGCGGCAAAUCACCUAAACGCCAGAGGUCAUUUCAAUUGGCGUUUGAUUUACUCGCUUGCGAAAUUCCAUAAAAAUUCAAUAAGCACAAAAUAUUUUCACUCGCGCAAGUGGUGUCUUACGGCUGGCACUGAGGUGGAGAGCCUGUUUGUGUUAGUGUAAAGUGCAAAAAAGGUGUUAGUUAAAGCUACUAAAUUAAAAAAAAAAUAAUUAAAUAAUUUUUUAAAAGCAGUGUGAAGCAAAAAAAAUUAUUUUCAAUAAAAGUUGAGUUUUUUUCUGAAAAAUUAUCCCUUAUUAAUUACUUUAACGUCAGCAUCUUUAAAUCAAUAAAUAUGGCAACCCUGAAGCAUGCUUAUCACAUUAUUUGGCUGCUCUUGACCGUUUUGGCAUUGGACGUCAAAUGCAAUGAAUCAGCAGGCGAUCUCCUGCCGCAUCCCUGCUACAACGUAAAAUGCCCACCGAUGUCGGAAAUGACUUGUCCACCGGACAGCAGCGUACGCGAAACGCUCAACAGCAUCGAUGUGCAACAGCUCACCGCAGCGCCCACCGCUGUCGCCGACGCCAUGAUGUACAACACCACCGAAAUCGAUGAAGAUGUCUAUGCCGAAUGUUGUCUGUCCAAAAAGUGCCUCUGCAAGACCUGCUACAUACCGGACUGUCAUGGCGAAGAUGAAGUGGUCGUCGAACUGUCGCCCGAAUCGAUGAACAAACCCGGUCAAUGUUGCGGCGAGUAUGAAUGUCAGCGCAAACCAAAGUGCAACGUCGACAGUGCAAACCAAAGUGCGCCAAGUGACAGAGAACUAUAUUGGCUGAAAGGAUGUCAGCGUUGCCACUGCUUCGCGGGCAAACCGAUGUGCAUACAGAUCUGCGAUGAGGCCGUGAAUAAGACGAAAGCGAUUUGUAAGCCCGAAAAAUUGAAUGCGCUCUUUGAGCAUGGCGAGAGUUGGCGUGUCGGUUGCUAUGAAUGCGAGUGCAUCGAUGGCAUUGAAAAGUGCGUGCUACCGUUCUGCAGCAAUGUCGAUUGUCCGCGCGAACGGCAAGUGACGCUGAAAGAUGGCUGCUGUCCCAUUUGUUGGCCCGAUUGUGCGCCAAUGCCAAAGGAGCUGCUCAGUGGACGCAAUAGUUUCCAUGGAAAAUAUGGCAGUGCUUCACGUCACUACGACGAUGAGGAUAUUAACGAGGAUGGACUGACUGACGAUUUCGUUGAUGACACAAAUAGUGCAGCUCGUAACUUGGAUUAUGCUGGCGAAAAUGAGAUUGAUCCAUUGACGGACCUGCAGUUGGGCGAAGCAGAAGCAGUCCAGCCGCAACAUAACACAACCGCAGAGGUGCAGACGACAACAAAUGCCGUCAUCUCUUCAACAACUGCAGCAACCACAACAGCAGCAGCCAAGUCUACAGCCAGCCCUGCAGCCAUACAAUCAAGCUCCACCACCUUGGCUCCCGCCGCAUACUUGCCCUUAACGCCUUCCACAGCAGCGCCUGCGGAGGCAUCAGCUGUGGCGCUUGCCAGUGAACCUGCCAUAGCCACUGCUUGCCCGCCAGCUUCGGCCUCACGUCGCGACAGUCCGGCCUCCUUCCAGCUAUACCCCGAUGAAGACGAUGUCAUGCCCGCCGUUAAAGCCGCCCCAGAAUCCUGCAAACAUUGGAUGAUUUAUAUUGUCAUCGGCAUUUUGGUCGCCUUCAUUGCGGUGCUGAUAGCUUGGAUUAUACAGUUGCGUUUGAAGCAGCGCUCCUACCGGCCGGUCUCGCACAUCGACGACAAUUUCAAUAAGAUGUCCUGUAAUAUUAAGCAAACAAAUGCUUAUGUUUAGAUGAAAGGGAGUAAUAUUCACAUCUAUAUAUAAUGGAGAAUUGCGGGUCUGUGAGCGUAAGGCAGUUUAUACUGUGUGAACACUAUAUGUAUUCUAACAGUGUCAGGUCCUUGAUGGUGCAGUUUAGUGUAUGAGAAAGGUUUAUGUUAGCAAUGAAAAAAAUAUAUAUUAUAUAUUAGCAACGAUAUUAAGCGUUAAUAUUUCUUAGUUUUUAGUUUUCAUAUUCUCACUUUAAUGCCGUUAGAAAAAGUAUAACUUCAUAAAAUCAUCCUUAAAACCUUAAACACAUCUAUUUUUUCGUUCAAAAUUCCCUCACAUUUUGCGCAUAUUGUCGAGAAAAGAUCUCAGAUUUUUAAUUUUGUUAAAAUUAUCAUAUAAUUUUUGUCAUCAAACAUAUUCAUUACCAACUACAUACUUAUAGUAAAUACAUGGAAUCCAUAUAAGAGGAAAUUAAAUGAAAAAUACAAUCAACUAUUAUCAUAAAAGAAUUUUGACUAAAAGUAUUGAAAACAAUUAUCAUUUAGUAUAUAUUUUUUUUUUUUAUAAAAUUAAGUACAGAUUUUUUCUCAUUAUAAAUAUUUGUAUAUUUAAUAUAAUAUUUUAGUUAAAAAUAUAUUUGCUUUAUUAAAAUAUAAUAAUAUUAUAGAAAUAUUUUUCAUUACAAAAAUAUCAAUAAUUUUUUUAUAAUUUAAGGGAUUUAUUUUAAUGCAAUAUAAUUAAAAAAAUAUUUUUCAAAACAUGGUUUUUCAUUUAAAGAGAUUAAUUAUAGUGAAUUUUUCAUAUUUUUUAGAUUGAGAUUUUGAUUAGAAAGAAGAUUGAUUCACGACCUUGAGAAAAUACCUAUAGUAUUAAUUUACCUUUAAACAGCUAAUUUGGAAAUCAUAAUUUUGUAGAGAGAUCAUGCUUGCUGUUGGCCAAGGGUGGGUGUAUUUGCUAACUAUGACUCUGGUAAGAACAUAUAUUGACUUGGAGUUGAGAUUUUCGGUUAAAAAAGCCAAGAAUGUAAUCGAUACCUGCGGAAAAAAUGUCGAUUAAUCGACUGACUACUAAACUUAUCGAUAAAAAUAAGAAAUAAAUUUCAAAGUUUCGAUUAACUUUGGAAUUCUUUCAAAAAUAUCGAUUAAUCGACUUACUAAUAAAAUUAUCGAUACAAUUGAUCGACUUUUGAGUUUCAAUAUUUGAAAAAUGCAUUGGAUUAGCUUGUUAUGGUACAUUUUAUCAUAAGGAAUGUCGAUUGUCAAUAAUUUAUAGAUACUUCAACCAGUUAUCGAUAAACGCUUGCUUUAAAAUUAAUGCCCAGCCAAGAAUGCAAUAAUUUUAAGUUAAAAUUUUAGGCAAAAAUAUCGAUUAAUCAACUGGCUAAUACAAUCACCGAUACCAUUCAUUGACAUUUUUGUUUUAUUUAAAAAAAAGGAUUAUAUUAUUUGUCGAUUAUUUAUCGAUACGUUUACGAGUUAUCGAUAAACGCUUCCUUUAAAAUUAAUGUCCCGCCAAGAAUGCAAAAAUUUUAAAUCGAAAAUGUUCUAAAAAAUAUCGAUUAAUCGAUGGGCUUACACAAUUAUCGAUAACAAAACAAUAAUCGAUAUAAAUUUUCAAUAUUUGUAAAAUGCAUUGUAAUUACCGUGUUAUAUUUUAUCAACAAGCCAAAUUGUUAACCGUUUAUUUAUCGAUAAUUUACCGAGAUAUCGAUAAAAAGUGGAAUAAGUUUAGAAGAAAACUGUGCAAGUACACAUACUCUUAGACACACGCCGGUGUGAUCCCGUAAAAUAGAAAUUUUAUAGAAGAGCUGUAAUCAAUAUUUAUCAUUUUUGCAUACAAAAAUUGUAUUUUAAAUAUUGAUAAUUUACUAUAACUUUCAUUUUAAUACAAUUAAUUAUAUUAAAACUAUUUAAGCAAAAAAUAAUAA